AAUUCAUUUCCUUUCGGUUUUAAAACCUAGUGGGCAGCGUUUAUUACAGCUCCACAAAGAGGAGCCAAAAGAGGAAGAGAAGAAGCGGGGAAAAAAAGAAAAUUGUCCACCAUGAAUAUUCAGCCAGUCGUUGUCACUCAGCCACAGAUGGUGGUGACGCUCCAGCCGAACAGAAACUAUUGGCAAACGGAGUUAUGUGACUGCUUUAGUGACUGUGGAGUCUGUCUCUGUGGAUUUUUCUGCUACAUUUGUUUGGGAUGCCAAGUUGCCGCAGAUAUGAAUGAAUGUUGUUGCUGUGGCUCAACUGUUGCCAUGCGAUCUGUCUACAGGACAAAAUACAAUAUCCCUGGAUCCAUCUGUAACGAUUUCUGCAUUGUGGGGUGUUGCCCCGUUUGUUCCCUCUGCCAAAUCAAGAGAGAUAUCAACAGGAGGAAAGCAAUGGGGGCGUUCUAGAAGAUUUCAUCCCAAGCUCCUUUACAUUUCUCCUUUUUUCUAUGAGAAUUCUGAGAAGUAAGAUGCAGUAGAGUAGUUUGUAGGAAGAACCAUUGCUUUAUCAUUCUAAGCAUAUUCUUAACCCAGAAAUUAAAUUUUAGUGCCCAUUCAGAGCUCAAAAUCCAGUCACAGAAAAACUUGGUCUUGUUUGUCCUAUCUUUAUUUGUUCUUCCUAUUUCUUUUAAAAUGGAAAACAAAAUAUUUUGGUUGCUACCGCUAUAAAUAAACCCUAUUAGACCUUUGAAGAUUUA